AUGGAGACUGUCCGCCAAGUCUCCAGGGAGCUGGUGCUGCUGCAGAUGCUGUUCACCAACACACCACGCAGGAAGCAGCCCGAACCACAGACGCAUCCGCCGUCUCUACUCCUGCUGCUGCCGCCGAACCGUGCAGUGUUCGUUUACCAUAUCCUCAGUGCCUCCUCUGAAGGUAGACCUGUGGUUAUCAGUCUAGAUGGAAAUCAGCAUAUGUCCAUUCGUGAAAGACGAAGUGUUCUGACCACACAAGUGGUCAGAACACUUGUGUCACACCUGAUGGAUCAAUAUGGAGAAAACCCAUCUUCAGACACUAAAGCAAUUCUGGCAUCUUCGAUUGUGGACCAGUUUCCAUGUUUAAGAGACAGCCAUGGCACAGGAUAUGACGCCUGGUUUACCCCCGGAAGACAACACAGGCCAGCAACUGGCUUUCUGGAGGAGCGUCUCCGUAAUGUAAGGAAAAGGCAUCAACCAAGGAAGAAGAUGCUUUCAGCCCCAGAAGCUCCACCAAAAAGAUUAAGUUUGCCUGAACCAACCAUCAGUGCUGAGUGUGCCAUCCAGAUGACAGAAUGGCUGAAAAAUAACUUUUGGCCCACAGACCAGGUUGUCCAAUACAUGCGGGAAACUGCAGUAUAUCGCGCAGGAUGGAUCCGCUCAAGUGGGACAAUCCCAAUGCAGCAGAUUUUUGCAGAGUUCCCACGUAUGUUGGACACACCAGGAAUGAUUUUGCAGGACUUUGCCGUUUUAUAUCCACAGUCUUGUGGAAAACUGACAGAGAACUGGAACACCUUGUUCUCAUCAAAGGUCAUUCGCAUGGGGAAGAAGGAGGAGAGCGGUCUUCUGCCUGAGAUUGAGUUGCUUCCACAAGACAAACAAGGUGACGUGGCACUCCAGCUGCUGCCAAAACUCCUCCCUGCUGUUCCCUACAGAGUUGGGCGAAAGGUGGUCAGACCCAGCAACCUUGAAGUCCAGCAAGCCUUCAUUGAUGUCCAGCCAAUUGGGACAAAUAUGGUGGAAUAUCUUGGAAGUACGGCAACAGAGCAUCCACGUGUUCUCAUGCUUGGGGACAGGUAUUGUUGUUCCCAAGCAUUUGUCGUCAUAAAUGGAACUGCUUUGGAAUAUCCAUCUCUUUUGGGGGCUGUUGACGGCUGUUUCAAAUCGUUCUUCGUUUUUGAUAUGAGUUAUCCGAAGUCGUGUGUCCAGAUUUGGGAUUUUCUCCAAACUGUGAUAUAUGAAAUCCCAGGAAACGAGUCACCCCGAUAA